AUGGUAGCCCCCACUGCUUCUUCUGUAGUCUUGGACUUAGGGGCUGAACCUAAAGCCAUUGACAAAUCGUCCGCGAUGAGUAACGCUCGGUGCUACGCGGUGAUGCCGGGCCCUAAGCCCCUGCCUAUUCUCGGUAACAGUUGGAGAUUCGCUAUAGGGAAGAACCCUUGGAGAACCCGUGCUUUGGAUGUUUCACUGUGGUUCCUGAGAGCUUUGGCAGGUGAUGGGGGAGCUGCUAAAGUGUCCAAAUUAUUUGGACACCCUGACUUGGUGUUUCCAUUCUGUGCUGAGGAAACUGCAAGGAUUUACAGGCGGGAAGAUUUAAUGCCACAUCGAGCUAAGGCACCGUGUCUCAGUCACUAUAAACAGAAUUUAAGGAGAGACUUUUUUGGGGAUGAGCCCGGUCUAAUUGGAGUACAUGGGGAGCCGUGGUCUAGAUUUAGAUCGAAAGUAUCUAAAGCAUUGAUAGCACCGGAGGCAGCAAGGGCUGCAGUGCCCGAUUUAGAACAUGUGACCGACGAUUUUGUGCACAGAAUGGAAUGCAUUCUCGACGAUAAUCGUGAGCUGCCGAAAGAUUUUCUCACGGAACUCUACAAAUGGGCCCUUGAGUCUGUGGGCGCUUGGGCCUUGGGGACAAGACUCGGAUGUUUAAAGGAUAACGAUGCUGAAGCAAAGGAGAUAAUCAGGUGUAUUCAUGGGUUCUUCCAUAGUGUUCCUGUACUGGAACUGUCUGCACCCUUGUGGCGAAUAUAUUCAACGGCGGCUUACAAAACAUAUAUUGAAGCUUUGGAUGCGUUUAGAGCGCUGUGUUUGAAAAGGUUGACUGAUAAGGGUAUUUGUUCUCAAAUUGCGAAGGCUUCUGGAGAAAAAGUUGCCACUAUAUUGGCUUUGGACCUGCUACUGGUUGGUGUGGAUACCACAGCAGCUGCUGCAGCGAGUACUUUGUAUUUACUGGCCAAUAAUGAAAGAGCACAGAAAAAACUACAAAUAGAAAUGGACAAGAACCUGCCGAGAGACAGAGGAAUGACUAGUAAGGACUUAGACAGGAUGCCUUACCUCAAAGCUUGUAUAAAGGAAUCAUUGAGAAUCAAACCAGUUAUUUUGGGCAACGGAAGGUGUAUCCAAUCAGAUGCCGUGAUAUCUGGAUAUUCCGUUCCUAAAGGGUCGCACGUCGUUUUCCCGCAUUACAUCCUAUCAAACGAGGAACGGUACUUCCCGUCGCCGAAGGAAUACGUUCCCGAAAGAUGGCUACGUGACAAUGAAGUUCGGGCGCCUGACCAGGCUCCUUCAGGAUCGAUAACUAAUGCUGAUAAGCCAGGAUGCCCGUAUACAAGAGCGAUGGAGGUGUGUCGCAAGCAAAAGGAAGUAGGGAUCCACCCAUUCGCCUCACUUCCUUUCGGCUUUGGACGACGUAUGUGUAUUGGAAAGAGAUUUGCCGAAGCCGAGUUGCAACUUCUACUUGCUAAGAUAUUCCAGAAAUACAAUGUAUCGUGGCGGUACGGCGAGUUAACUUAUAGUGUAACGCCGACGUACGUGCCGAACGAACCGUUGCAGUUCACACUCCAUAAGAGAAACGGUAACAACACUAGCCUAUAA